GAGAGGGAGAGAGAGAGUUUUACUUGGAAGCUUCAAUCUCUUUUAUAAAUGAAAUUCAUGUUGAAGCUUCAAGAAAUCCACUUGGUUUUCGUAAAAUCUUGAAGAAUCAGAGGGUAAAUGCGGCAAGAAAAAAGUUUGGGAAUUGGGAGACCAUCAUUUCAAACCCAAACCCUAACCCUAACUCCAGCGAAUCCUUCAUUGCCAUUGAAGGAAACCCUUAAUCAGCUGGCUGGAAGACGCACAAGCUCUCAAGAAUGAGAUUCUCAACAUGAGGUUUAAGUCUCUUUCAGAUUCAAAUACCCCCCCUUCCGAACCUGAUGAAUCCCCAACCCUAGAUAAAGGUAGUCCCAUUUCGGUAACCCCAGAUUUCACGUCUUUGCUUUCGGAUCAAAUUUUGAUUCUCAUACUCUCUAAUCUCACAAAAGCACAACAAAUUUCUAGUUGUUUGGUUUGUAAACGAUGGUCGAGGAUUAGCGGUGGUCUAGUUAAAUCGUUGCGAUUAUUGGAUUGGGAUUUUCUUGAUUCUGGUAGGCUUGCUCAUCGCUUUCCUAAUCUUCUUGAUGUUGAUAUUGUUCAAGCUUGCAUAAUAUCCCCUCGUAAUUCGGGUAUUUGUUUGAGUAAUAAAUUUGUGUCUAUUCAUGUUAAUUCGUUCAUAUCAGAUACUGGGUUUAUUUGGAAACCCCAUUUUUUGGGUGCUGGUUUGAUUGAUAGAGGGGUUCAGAUUCUUGCUCAAGGUUGCCCUAAUUUGCGUAGGCUUGUGUUGCUUGGUGCAAGUAAAGAAGGAUUGGCCUCUGUUGCAAAUGAGUGUUUAGCUUUACAGGAACUAGAGCUAUGUUCCUGUACGGAUAUGGAUUUAAAAGGGCUUUCAGGUUUUAGGAAUUUACAGAUUUUGAAGCUCAUUGGUUCUGUUGAUGGGCUAUAUGAUUUGGUGAUUUCAGAUAUUGGGUUGACAAUUUUGGCUCAAGGGUGUCCAAGAUUACUGAAGCUUGAGCUUGUUGGUUGUGAAGGGAGUUAUGAUGGGAUCAAAGCAAUUGGUCAGUGUUGCCAAAUGAUGGAAGAAUUGACCCUUUGUGACCAUAGAAUGGAAGGUGGGUGGUUAGCUGCAUUAUCAUAUUGCACGAAUUUGAAGACUUUAAAGUUUCAAUCUUGCAAAUUUAUCGAUCAAAGUCCAGGGCCUGAUGAGCAUUUAGGUUCUUGUCCCACCCUUGAAGAAUUACAUUUGCAGCGGUGUCAGUUGAGAGAUAAGCAGGGUUUGGGAGCAUUGUUUUUGGUUUGUGAAGCUGUUCGGGAGCUGGUUUUUGAGGAUUGUUGGGGAUUGCACAACAAUACAUUCAGCGCUGCAAGUAUUUGUAGGAGAGUGACGUCUCUGUCUUUGGAAGGAUGCUCGUUACUUACAAUGGACGGUUUUGACCCUGUAGUUCUUUCAUGGAAAGAGCUUAAGAGACUUAAAGUAGUUUCUUGUAACAACAUAAAGGACAGUGCUAUGACACCUGAAUUAGCAACCCUUUUUUCCGUUCUUAAAGAGUUGAAAUGGCGUCCAGAUUCCAAGUCUAUUCUCUCAUCAGGUCUUGAUGGUAGCGGAAUAUGGCAGAAAGGUGGCAAAAGUGUUACCCUCUUGGCUAUGGGUUCCCAGGUCUUAAAAUGGCGCAAAUCAGGUAUGAACAUCGAGCGAUUUGACCAUUUAAUGCACCAAAAUGGUUGGGAGUCUUGGGGAGUUUGCUGCGGAUCCUGAUUCAUGCCCAAUUGCAAGUGUUCGUUCCUUGAUUAAAAGGUAUGUGAACGUUUUACACUUUCUUGCACGUGGCUGCUUUAGUGACACGUUUAUUUUAAGCAUUCGACUAAUAGUUCAACAAUGUGUUGUGUUAAACAUCAUGAUAUGUGUGUGGCAUAGAAUGUCAACGAAUGUGAAGAAGCCAAUAAUCAGUAUAACAACUGGUUUGCUAGCAGAAAACAUUAGGUUUUUGGCUUAUUGAGAUAGAAUAGUGUCAAAAUUUCAAGGGUAAAGCUCAUAGAAAACCCAAUGGUUCUACUAAUGAACUUCUUUUUAAUUGGUAACCGUUGUGUCUGCGCAGCUUAAGCGCAUCUCGACCAAUCCCAUGGGACUCGGAAGAUAACAACCAAAAUAUCCACUAGCAACCUACAGGGAGGAGCUGUAAAGUCUGACAUUUAUAUGUUAGUUGAGCUAGCCGUCAAGGUUUAUUAGUAAGGUUUACUAAUCAACUUCUUGCAUGUACAAAGGGUCUUCACUCCAAUGUUCAGUAAGAGUGUUUGGUAUGUGGAACAGAAUGGGAUACGACUGGAGAAUAACUUCUUGUCCCAUGUUUGGUGCGAUAUCAGGGUGAUAGGACAAAGUUGGUAAAUUACUAAACUACCAAAGUCUAGUUAAAAUCUUAAAACAUUGCAUACCUACCUCACACUUUUCAACUCGAAUUAUGCAUUCCUUUGUUUUGUUAGUUCAAUUGGUUUUUGCCUCUUGGUGUAGAUUGGUUCAAUAAAUUGGUUGAUGACACCGGGAUAGGCUUGAGCCAUGGUGUGUGUUUGUUCGGUUUCCCAUUUGAAGGUGGGUUUAGAGGUGGGAUAUAUACAAACUUAUCCUGAAUCUGAACUAGUAGAGCAGUUCUUUUCGUGAAUAUCUGUCUGAACUUUUUUCUUUGUUUCUUGAGAAUGUUACCUACAAAUCGUUUCCUACCUUUUAGACUAAAUCCAAGUUUGUUAUAGCUUUUUGGAGUAAAAAUAUUUGAAUCCUUAAAUUUCUCAAAUUCGUUUCUUUGACAAUGAACGGUUUACAUUAGGUGCGAAGUGAUAUUGACAUCAAUCUUGGAUCAAACGACUCGCAAGUGUAAUAUUUUAACAUGUUUUUUGAUGUCGGAUUUCAAGUUUCAUUGAUCAUCUGCAAACUUUCCGUUACGUACAAAUAAAUAAAUCUGUGAGACAAAACGCUUCGAAAU